CCUUUCGCAAAGAGGAAGGAUAAUGUUGGUAAACAGAUAAUCGUCAGUUCUCUUGAAUGCAUGACGCUUCGUCCGAGGGGGUCAAAACGCAGCAGUUUUGCUGCAUGAACUGGACUUUCACUUCCGCAAAGAACCGUAUCAUCGUCAGCAAGUUCUCGAGGUCAUUGCAAGCUUGUCUUUGUGAGCGACACUGGGGGUCGGUGGAGGUGACACUUCUUUGGAGGCACGAGAAGUGAAAGCGAUAGAGGUGGAGGCCUGUGAAGAAGAAGAAGUGUAGGAGAGAGGUGGUGGCGUUCCUCACGCCCCCUCAGUAGCGGCCACCAUGAUCGCCUACGUGGACUGCCUCUCGACCGAGCCGUCGACCAAGUGCUGGAACCGGCGGUACUACGAGGACGAGGACGAGCUGCUGCCCCUGUACAGCCACCGGCUGCAGCCCAAGACGGAGGGCAGCCUUCGCCGCCGCCUCCUCACCUCCAAGAUCCACCAGCAGCAGGACGCCCUCUGGGCCCCCAGGCCCCUGGCAGGACCCGUCCACCGCAAGGGGACCCCACUGCUGCAACCCAGACGGCCCCCAAACCCCACCCCUACUCACGCUCGCCAAGAACGGAGUCGAGCCGUGUCUAGCCUGGACGAUGAAAGCAAGUGGACGGUGCACUACCAGGCCCCGUGGCACCAGCAGGAGAACGUCUUCCUGCCUGGCGCCAGGCCACCGUGCGUGGAGGACCUGCACAAACAGGCCAAGGUCAACCUCAAGACCGCCCUCAGAGAAUGCGACAACCUGAGGAAAGAUGGCUUCCGCAGCUCGCAGUACUACACCCAGGGUCCGGCCUUCUCCUCCUCCAGCCUGUCCGACAGCGUCCACAGCCAGCCGGACACAGAGCAGCGGGACAAGAAGUCCUCAGACUCCUCCCCUGAAGAGGAGAGCCUGGUCUACAUCCGGGCGCACACGCCGCUCAUUGAGGACAUGAACGGACAUGACAGCAGCAUCUACUCCAGCUGGAACCAGUCCUUCCCCCUGCCCACUCCAGAGGAGAAGAUGAGACAGCAAGCCAAGUCUGUGCUCACCGACAUCGUCCCCAUCAACAUCACAGGCGAGACCUUUGACCGACAGGCCAGCUUCCGGCGCUCCCUCGUAAACACUGACACUGUGAUCAGGCGGCCAAAGAAGGUCAGGAGGAGAAAGACUAUAACAGGGGUGCCUGACAACAUCCAGAGGGAACUAGCCCCACAGGGGGAGGAUGGUGGCAGAGCCCACUCUAUGUAUCUGCCCGGUCAGUACUCGUCCCUCGGCCGGACCAGCAGCAUCAACUCCACGCUGCGGCGCUCGCUGACGCGCGACUCCAGCUGCCAGACGGAGGAGGUGAAGAUCGUCCCCCCGUCGAUGCGUCGCAUCCGCGCACAGCGUGGCCAGGGCAUCGCCGCCCAGAUGGCCAACAUCUCCACGUCCUCCUCCGGGAGCCUGUCGGCGGCGAGCGACUGCAACGGGCUCGUCUUCACCCCGCAGACGCAGACGCAGAGCAACAGCAGCGACCAGGGCUUCCACAGCCUGCCUCGGCCCGGGACCAGGACCGCCGCACAGUCCGAUUCUGGCAACUACACUGCCGGCCAUUACCGCAUGACCAAUGGCUCGUCCCAUUCCCUGCCCCACCAAGUGGCGGUCGGCCGGGCCAGCGAUCACUCCCUGCAUCCGGCCGCCUCUCUGCGGACCAACGGUUUGCCCAGCCCCAAGUUCCAAGGCUACCAGAGCGAGCAGCACAUCACCGCCUCCCCCAGCGACUACGCGGGCCUUUUCAACGGGCCCACGUCCCUCAGUGCCAAGGGGCUGAUGCUUUCCCCGCCAGACUUUGAGGGGUCGGCGUACGAAAACAGCGGCAUCUACAUGGCAUCCAUGGAGCCCUUUCCCGUCGAUGGGCCGCCGAGCACGCCCGGCUCGUCCCGAUGCCAGUCCACCGCUUCCGUCUCCACUGGCGCCAACACCGAGACGGACUCGCAGUGCAGCACUCUGGACGGACGCAACUGCAGCAGCCCCAGCUACACCCGGCGGGAGUCCAACAGCAGCACCCAGAGCUGCGGCACGCUGACCUCUGACCCCUGGGGCUACGAUAACGUCACGCCGCCCAAGCCUGACCUCACCUCCAGCUGCUCGUCCCCCGUCAACCACCUGUACGGCAGCUCCGAGCACUCGCCCAACAAGACGGACACCAGCUCGCUGUACUCAGUGGACAACGAGGGCUACUUCACGUCCAUGAGGCUGGACUCGGGACUCAAGUCGCACAGCCACAGCUGCAUCAGCCGGGCCGACCAGGCCAGGCACGACAUCUACGAGUGCCGCAAGCACCACAGCCAGGACGACCGCAUCAGUCUCGGGAGCAGCAAGUCGCUGAGCCGAAGCAUCUCGUUGCGCAAGGCCAAGAAGCCGCCGCGGCCGCCGGCCCGGACCGACUCGCUGCGCCGCAAAGCGCGCACGCCGCACCUCAACGAGUCGGUGCUGAACGAGAAGCUGAUCUCCAGUCUGCAGCAGUCGCUGCAGGGUCGGAGCCAGAGCGUGUCGCUGGCCGGCGAGAGUCCCUCGGCCGGCGGCGGCCAUUUCGAGGACCCCUGGGUGCUGCGGCCCAGGACCCACAGCAACGUCAGCGCGGCGAGCAGCGGAAUGUCCGCUCCGGCCGCCAUGUGUCCGGUCACGCCGCCCCCUCACAGCGAUAACAGCAGCCAGCGCUCCGACUACACCGAGUCAUGGGAUUUCUGCUCGGAGAAAGGGCUCCCUCAAUCGUCCAGCAACGGCAUGACCGAUGAAAGCUUGCCCAAUGGUGCUGCCGUGACCAAUGGCAUGAUGAGCAGUGAUGGUAUGACGAAUGGCUCUUCACAGAACGGUCACAAGAUGUGCCUGCCUCUGGUUCAUGUCAACACGGUCAACGGGCCGAGAUCAAAGACCACCUCGCCUGAAAAGAUGCACCGCCUGACGUCUCCCUCUAGUGGCUACUCGAGCCAGUCCAACACCCCGACAACAGGGACCCCCACCACUUCGGGAAUGAGGGCCAAGUCUCCAGGGAAGCCCCCCAAGCCCAAGCCCAAGCCCAAAGUGCCAGAGAGGUCAUCCUCGCUGUUGUCCUCUCUCUCUGUGUCGUCUUCGUCCACUUCUCUGUCCUCCACCACCUCUGAUACGGGCAAGCUCCCCAUGCCUCCCCCUCCUCCACCUCUACCUGGUCCCACUCCACCUGCCUCGCCCUCAGCCACCUCUGACUCUCCCCCUCCAACCAUGGAAAGCCCAAAAUGUGACACAACUCUGUCACCUCCUCUCACCCCUCAGGCAUCGGUCAUCGACAACGACCAGACGUCUCCACCAGCUACUCCAACAGUAGCAGAGAUCAGUAUGGAGACUUUACACUCAUCGCCUGGCUUUCCUUCCCCCCCACCGCCAGUAGAGGUCACCCUGGAGUCUCUGUUGCAGUGCAGCAACACCUCCCUACUCCCACCUCCCCCUCCACCUCCUCCUCUCCCUCCCAGCCCCUCCUCGCCAUCUGGCCUGCCGACGCCCCCUCCUCUGCCACCUUUGUUGGGCAUAAGACCUCCGUCUGCCCCCGUUUUCAAGCUCCCCCCCAGAUCUGUGCAGCAGGCAGUGGACAUGGAGAAGGUGACCACACCGCCAAGCCCAGGGCACCAUGAGGAGACUGCGAUGUGGCCGAGGCCGCUGAUUACGGCGGAGGCUUUGCAGAUGGUCCAGCUGCGGUCCGUCAAGAACCUCAAGGUGCAGGAAGGCCAAGACGAAGAACCGACAGCUUCGCCUAGCGCAGAGGAACAAGUGCAGGAACUGGAUCAUGAUGAAAAGAUUCUGGAGUCGGAGGAACUGAAAAAGUCGAUCAUCCCUGUUCACCUAUCGCUGACCACAUGCUCGAGUCCAAUUGAGAAUGGAAUGGAAUUUCCUCCUUCCCCACUGAGGGAACGCCUGCUGAUUCCAGACAGAGAGAACACUCUGGUGAUACCACACAGAGAGAACCCUUUGGUGAUACCAGACAGAGAGAACCCUCUGAUGAUUCCAGACAAAGAGAACCCUCUGAUGAUUCCAGACAGAGAGAACCUUGUGGUGAUUCCAGACAGAGAGAACCCUUUGGUGAUACCAGACAGAGAGAAUGCUUUGGUGAUAUCAGACAGAGAGAACCCUCUGAUGAUUCUAGACAGAGAGAACCCUCUGGUGAUUCCAGAGAGUCUCAGUGGCCCUGAGGCUAUGGAAAAGGGCACAAUUUGCAAUGGAAAAUCCGACGAUCACAUUUCAGAAACUCACGAUGAGCCUACUGGAGAGCCAUCAGUGCAGCCAGAUGACAAACCGAUGUCACUGGAGAGUCAGAGUCCAUUAAUGGCCUCCCCUGUCACCCCUCGAAAGCAAAAGCCCCCCGUUUCUCCCAACAAGCCCAAGCUCUCAUUGAUCGUCCCUCCACUCCCCUCUCUGUCAUGCUUGGAGGUGGAGUGUGUCCAGGUGCCGAACACUGACAGCCCCGUCGCCUCCAGCCCAGACGUCCCCCCUCUGUUCGAGGUCACUGGCGGCCAGUGCUUCACCCUGCACCAGGAGGAUGGAGAGGACACCGACUCGGGGAGCUCCACCCCCAUGCUGCUCACGCAGAGGAGGGACUCGCUGAGCAGCGAGCUGUCCUCCGAGGGCCUGCCCCCAGGGAUGCACAUCCAGGACCUGAUCAUCCAGGAGCAGGACCUCGGCCUGAGCGACGAGAGGAGCACAUCGGACGAGGAUGACCUGGCCGCAAGCUCAGGAUCGUCUAGCUUCAGAGAGGAGGAACAGAGCGUUGUGGCGGACUCACACCACAGCAGCCCCGCACCGGACGCCAGCACCAACGGUGAGGCGCACGGAGACAUGGUGACCCCGACACGCCCCCGCACCACAGAGGAUCUCUUCGCCGUCAUUCACAGGUCAAAGAGGAAAGUUCUGGGUCGUGGCGACUGUGAGGAGCUGCUCCUCUCCUCCCCGUCCCCUCCGGUGACCCCGACGGGUGUGUCUCCCGGCGGGCCCCCCCACCCCCACCCGUCCCUCUCCCUCCCGCGCCAGCCGGGCUCCAUCCAGCGCAGCCUGCGUCGCUCCAGCACCAGCAGCGACAGCUUCAAGGCCCUGCUGCUCAAGAAAGGCAGUCGCACGGAGGGCAGCUUCCGCAUGUCCGCCGCCGAGAUGCUCAAGUGCACCGACCCACGCAAGCAGAGGCCGCAGCGGACGGACGCCACUUCCUCUUCCUCCACGUCCCCGUCGGUGUCCUCUCAGUGGCCCUCGUCCUCCUCCUUGCCCUCGCCCUCCCACGUGGCACCGCCCGAUCCGGUAGAGAACGGCGUCGACUCGUCCUGCCUGUCCCCCGGACGUAGUCGCCGCGCCGUGGCGGAUGAGUGGGCUCGGAGUGAGGGUCUCGUCCCUCGCCUCUCCCCCGGCCUCUGCUCCUCCUCCUUCUCGUUGUCCCCCACCUCCGCCGCUGCCGCCAUGCCGCCCGGCAAGUACGCUCGCUCCCGCACGCCCCCGUCGGCCGCCAGCAGCCGCUACAACGCCCGCAGCCGCAUCCCCAGCAGCCCCAUGACGGCCAUCUGCGAGCGGGAGGGCGAGAUGAGCGACGGCUACGAGGACCAGUGGGAGUCCAGCGCCAGGACAAUCGGGCAGCACCGGAGCCCCUUCAGCCUGGCCAUGAGCCCCAGCCCCACACUCUGCAAGGGGGGCAGCGCUUAGGGACGGAACAACCUCCCUGGACUGCACUGCGCCCACAGCAAGGGUGCUUUUAAAGACUCUUUAGGAUUUAACCACGACUUCACUCUGGACCUCUAAAAUCACCUCAUUUUUAUUUUUGUCCCUUUGAGAAAUGGCGUGUGCUAGCCCACACUUGAACAUACUCACGCCAACUCUUUACUGUCAACCCUAUUUGUUCAACUGCUUUUCUUUUCCUUCCAUUUUCAUCUCCAAUAAUUGCCUCACCUCAAAGGAAGUUAUAACCAUUCCCCCCUGUGACAUUAACACUGUCUGACUUUUUUCCAUGUGUAAUGUCUCUCAUACGUUUAUGCUUGUUUUGCAGGUUAGGGUGUUUUGGUACUUUUUAGGCUUCCUUUUGGCUGUGAUGAGUUGGACUAUUGAAGAGGUUAUACGAGUGAGACCAGGGAAUGAGGGAGUUGAGUGGUUUGGAUUGGAAUGUUGUAGCAGGGAUAUAUUAUAUGCAUAUACAGUUUGACUGGAGUUAGCUCUUGGCUAGCUAAAAGUGAGUGGGUGGUGGCAUUCUUCACAGUAAUCCAAAUGUCACAAUCAUGUGCUAACGAGUUGAACUCAGAGUAGGUGUCAAGAGUGGAAUACUCUAUGCUGUGAGAAGAUGGUGAUAGGUGGGAGGUGAAUGUUCAUUUGCUGGAAAAAAGAAUGUGAAUGACAGAAACAAGAAAGGACUUAAAAGGGGGUUGGUGGAGAAGCUUGUAGAGCUUUCGUUUCAGAUUGUAGAUUUGCACUAUAUUACUGUUUCUUUUCUGAUGUGUGCCGUUGUGUUCAGCAGUCCUUGAUUCGAGUGGGGAUCCAGUUAAGCAAUUGAGCUUCUGAAUACCAUUGAGUUUUAUUAAAGGUAUUUAGUAGCCAUGUCUGAAAGUAAAAAAACAAAAUGACAUGCAGUUAAAACUUAUGCUGUAUAUAUUACCAAUAAUAUUAAGCCCUAUUAUACUGUAAGUCUUAGACUUAUUUUCUAUCAUUGCCCAAAGUCAGUGCUUUGAUUUAUGAUAGCAUGUGGUUGCUAUGGACAUAACUAUGAAUAAAGAUAAGCAUUUUUAAAAAUGAAAUUACUGGGCCAUACCUUGUAAAAACAAUCAACGCUUUAAUGAGAUUCAAGCCCCCCACACACACACACACACACACACACACACACACACACACACACCUGACAUCCAAUUUUAUUACAGGUGGUUUUGUAAAUGAGUAAGACAAUGUCAAUAUCAAUGUCAAGCAACACCCACGUCCUUUGUAAUGGGCCUUGGAGAAGAAGAAAAAAAUUCCAACUUUGUACAUUUUUUAUAAUUUUUAUUUUUAACAUGGGGAUUACUUUCUAGUGUUUAGCACACUGAGAUCCCAGACAAUCCCAGUUCUAUAGAGAGUACCUAGGUAAGGCGGUCUGGGUGCAGAGAUAGAAGGUAGUGAGACCGAGAGGUGAAGGCUGUAUGCUGAUCUGAAGUUUAUCUGUAAUAAACAACAUGGUGGUAUUGA